AAGAAACAUCAGCCACGCUUUUUUUUAAUAAUUUAGAGUUUAGGAAAAUUAGUGGGACCAGCAUGUCUUCGUGCAGUUUGUGUAUAAAUAAGUAUUCCAAACUCUUUAAUCCCAAGGAAAGAGUACUAGGCACACAAUUGUCUAGUGUAAUAAAUUUUAUAAUUGGUGAUCAUGUUGAGUUCCCUCCAAAAUUCCUUAUCUGCCCUGAGUGCUCGGCGGACCUUAUAAAAACCGAAUUCGUUUUAGAACGUCUCUUAAAAUCCUUGCCCGGCAACAAAAGUUUUAAGAAACGCCUAUUAAAUAGUGCCUUUUCACACAACGAGCAGGAUGAAAGCACGGAUGAGCGGGAAGACCAACGAAAAAAGAAUGAGAAUGAAGAAGUGGACAGUUCAAAAAAGCAAAAUGCCUCCAAUUCGGGUGACGUCUGGACCUUUCAUUGUGCGCACUGUGAGUUGACAACAAACAAAGCAAACUUGUACAAAAAGCACUUGCUAAUUGAGCAUCAGGUGGAUAAUCCGCGAAUCUAUCAGUGCAUGUAUUGCCAAGAAACAUAUCAGCGCAUCAAUGGUAUACAAAAUCACAUUGCAUGUGUGCAUCACAAUAAACCACGCCAAAAAAGCCAGCGACGUAAAACCAUUGCCUUUGAUACCUCGGCUGUGCUAAGCAGCACUACCAUCAAGAGUCAACUGGACAAGGAAAUCUCAAUGGCUAACACUACUAUCGAGAAUAACGCAGCAGAUGAUCCGAAUGCACCUUAUGAAUUCGAGUGCACAGACUGUAAAUAUAAAACAGUAAAUCCUAAAAUGUACAAAAAACACCUGAAAAUCAAGCAUGAAAUUGAAGAUUCGCGGAUUUAUAAGUGCAAGCGCUGCCCUAGCACAUAUGUACGACAAUUUGCAUUACAAAAUCAUAUUGCAUAUGAGCACGAAAAUAAGCCCAAACCAAAACUGCAACGACGCAAGUCUGUUGCGGCAGCAGACUUGGAAACUUACACAACCGGAGACAAAGAAGACUUGGCAGUCAUUAAAGUAGCGCAAAAAGAACCAGAAGAGACUGAAGGCCACGGGGAACAGGAAGUGAAUAAUGAAAACGAUACAGUGUACCAAAACGGAAAUAUUUCAAUUAAAAGCAUCACUGAUGGGCAACAAAACCAACAUGAACAUGCUUUUCAAACGACCUUAAAGAGGAAACUUAAUCAUUUAAGCUCAAGUCCAAUUUCCUCUGCCGAGUGGGUAUUCCAAUGUUCUUUUUGCGACUUCGAAAGCAUAAAGAGAAAAACAUAUAAAGCACACAUGGCCAGUCAGCAUGGUGAAAUCGAUGGCGAUAUUUACAAAUGUAUUUACUGUUCAGCUGCAUACGAGCGCUACAGCUUACUACAGAGCCACGUAACAAAUAAACAUUGUCAAUACGAUUUGAAUACAGUGAGUGAUUCGCAACCCAUAUAUUCCGGUUCCGGGCAAGAUCAAGAUACAGCAGCGAAGAAACGACGAGUUCAAGAAACACCAAAGAAAUCUAAGCAUUUAAAGCAUAUAGAAUCCAGUCAAGAAGAGCCGAAAAAUAUACAGAGGCUCAAUGGCGAGAAGUCUCAGCAAAAGGAGACUUGCGUUGUCUGCGGCAAACCAUAUUCGUCGGUAGAUAAGUUACGCGACCAUAUGGAUAAACAGCAUGGUGGCGAUCAAAUAAAAAGUUGCCCCAAUUGUGAUGCAAAAUUUCGUGCCGUGGAAAAGUAUGAGGCUCAUCUGUUUAGUGAGAAGUGUCUGAACACCAAGCUAGAAUGUCAAUACCCCAGCUGUCCGAAACGGUUUCAAAAACGCUCGAAAAUGCAACAACAUAUGAAAGAGAAACAUCCAGAAUUAAUGAGUUAAAUAAGGUAGAAGUAGUUGAGAUACUUUUUAGACGAACUUUCUAAAACUUUUAUUUUGUAGCCAUUAUAGGUUAGCUUUUAGCACAUUACUUUUCAAUUUUAAUAUUUAUUUAGUAGUCCUUUUUGAUUUAUACGUUUUGCGAAAAGAAUAAAGACCUCCCCAGUCUAAAUAGCUUUACCCCCUAUGCAAGGAAUGUGACAUUUUGUGGGAAAGUUGCAUGUUUUUACUUGUAACAAUUUUCCAGUAAGAAGGACAGCCAUUUACACGCUGAUUCUUGCACAUUGUACAAAGUAAUAACUGUUUGGAAUUAUAAAGUUAAGCAGCCAAAAUUACCGAUUUGAUUAAAAAAUAAAACUGGUAACUACUUGCAAGACUGGGUUCACACAGAGAAGCUUUUGUUGCCCAUUUUCGGCAAUUUCUCUUUUGUUAUUGCCCUUCGCGUUCACACAGAGAAAUUCUUUUGUACACAAUUGUUAGCUGUUAACGGCCAACCAUGAUACAGGUUGUAGCUAUCGUACAAAAAUAAAAUUCACCGUUGGUUUGAACUUGUGUCAAAAACAUUAUUAAUGGGUGCUUUCAGAAAUGCAUCAAGCCAAAGCAUCAGUCUCUUCAAUCCCAAGAUGGUCGGUUCUACGUUACCGGAUUGACUCGGAGCACCCACUCCGACCGGGGACCAUUACCCCAGCAGCGAUUUCGGACGUCUAGCGUUAUCGCCGAAGUGACAUACCUAAAGCGUCAACGCUACGCCAAAUGCAGAAAUAACACCAACAACAAGGCGAAUUUAUCCUU